AUGGCUGCACACGCAUUCUUCCUGUGCUCCAUCGCCUUGCUGUCUGCUCUCAGCCGGCCUGCUCUGACUCUUUCCGAGGAAGAGCAGGGGCCGGGACUCACCUACGAUGAAGUGCCUGAAAUCUUGGACAGAAGCAGAGAGAACCCCAAACAAGCCACAAGAGUCACAUCAAGUCUGGAUGGUGAAUAUGGCUUGGAAAGCAAAGAAGUUGUUUUGACUUCUGAAGAUGAAAACCCACUGAGAAGAAUCCUGCAGCCUUUCAAGUGGCAUCAUGCAGGGAUGUCUCACAGUAAGAGGAAGCUCCUCCAAUCACUGAUGGGACCUUAUGGACCCUUGAGUGUGUCCUACAACGGGAAGACUUGCAUUCUGUUUAAGGCAAAGCGUUUGGCCAUCCGGUACAGGAACCAUACCUUCAUUGAUCUCACUGAGAGAGUGUUCAGUCCAAACUCACCUUUGGACACCAAAGGCUCAGUCUGCACCAAGGAGAAGGCCACGCUUUCAUUAAAGUUUGGUGAUGUGGAAGACUUGCGAGGUCUAGUAAUCAGGCUUCAGAUGUCAAACACCUUCUACGAGGCAGCGGGUCAAAACUGGUUCACCCUGGACAGUGUGCACAUUCACUACAACUGGACUCAGGAGGCCACGUUCAACGCGAGCGAGGUUUACGCUCCCGCCACGUCGUCCUACCACUGCCAGCACGUCAGCAGUCUGCACAAAUAUGACACUCUACUGGUGCCCAGCUCUCACACUGACACGUCCGCCAACUGGCACAUCACUUUCACUGAUUUCCAGAUUCAAGCCUUCAACGUGCAGUCAGAUAAAUUCGCGUCGGCAAGUGACUGCGCCACUUUCCUGACGCCGGCCAUCCUCAUGGGCUUGGUGACGUCUCUGAUACUGCUCCUGGUCUUGGCUUACGCCCUGCACAUGGUGGUUCACCUCAAGCACAUCGACCGCUAUGAGGAGCACAAGGCCACCGUCUACUUUCCCCGUAGUCCAGAGGCUGAAUUGCCGGACAAGAACAGCCUGUGA